GCGUUUGCUGUUUGGUCCUGGCAGGUGACGGUCUCAGAUGCGUCCCCGCCCCCAGCCUGGGCCGGGGUCCGGAGCGCGGCUCCGUGGGGCGGGGGCCAGGACUGGGGCUAGGGCUACGGCCGGGGCUGGGCCAGGGGCUGAAGCCAGGACCGGAGCUGGAGCUGGGGUCCAGGCGGCCGCACUGACAUCUCAGUCAGCUGGACCAUGGAGAUUGGCGCUUGCCCGAGCCCCCAGCGCCUGCUUAUCUGCUUGCAGCUGCUCUUCCUCUUGCUGUUUCUGGGGCCCAGCCGGCCUGGCACCGCCGAGGAGGUUGUCCUUCUGGAUUCCAAGGAAUCCCAAGCUGAGCUAGGCUGGACUGCACUGCCCAGUAAUGGGUGGGAGGAAAUCAGUGGAGUGGAUGAGAACGACCGACCAAUCCGAACCUACCAGGUGUGCAACGUCCUGGAACCCAAUCAGAACAACUGGCUGCAGACAGGUUGGAUCGGGCGGCGCGGUGGGCAGCGGAUUUUCAUCGAGCUCAAGUUCACACUAAGGGACUGUAGCAGCAUCCCGGGGGUGGCAGGAUCUUGCAAGGAGACCUUCAACCUCUACUAUACCGAGGCAGAGGCGGAGGCUGGGGCUGGAGUAGAGGGGGAGGGAAAUGGCGGGGCUGGGCUAGGUGGAAGCCUGAGCGAGACUCGCCAGCGCAAGGUAGCUACCAUCGCGGCGGAUGAGAGCUUCACUCAGGGGGAUCUGGGAGAGCGGAAGAUGAAGCUGAACGUGGAGGUGAGGGAGAUUGGGCCACUGAGCAGGGACGGCUUUCACCUGGCCUUCCAAGAUGUGGGCGCCUGCGUGGCCUUGGUCUCCGUGCGAGUGUAUUACAAGCAGUGCCUGGCCACGGUGCAGAACCUGGCAGCCUUCCCAGACACCGUGGCAGAGGCUGCCUUCUCGUCGCUGGUGGAAGUCACCGGCACGUGCGUGGCCCAUUCGGAGGGGGAGCCCGGGCGCCCUCCCCCUCGAAUGCACUGCAGUGCCGAUGGGGAGUGGCUCGUGCCGGUGGGCAGGUGCAGCUGCAGCGCGGGCUUCCAGGAGCGAGAGGAAUCCUGCGAAGCCUGUCCCCCUGGAUUUUACAAGGUGUCCCCACGGAGGCCACUCUGCUCCCCGUGCCCCGAACAUAGCAGCGCUCUGGCCAACGCCUCCACGCUCUGCGUCUGCCAGGACAGCUACUCCCGCUCCCCAGCGGACCCACCCUCAGCCUCCUGCACCCGUCCUCCGUCUGCCCCCCGAGAUCUGGUCUACAGGCUGAGCCGUUCCACCCUGUUGCUGCGCUGGAGUCCCCCGGAGGACUCUGGGGGCCGUUCCGACAUCACUUACACAGUCCUGUGCCAGCGUUGCCCCGAGGAUGGCCCGGGCGCGGGGCAGGGGCAGGGGUUUGGCCAGGGACCCGGGGGCUCCGGGGGCGCCUGCGAGUCCUGUGGGCCCAGCGUGAGUUUCGUGCCGCGCCAGACCGGACUGCGAGAGAGGACAGUCACCUUGCUCAACCUGCUCCCACACUCCCACUACACCGUUCGGGUGGCAGCGCUCAACGGCGUCUCCGGCCUGGGCGCUGUGGGGACCACUUAUGCCCAGGUCACCGUGUCCACGGGUCUGGCGGUAUCCAGUGGAGUGACUGAGAUCCAUCCAGACCGAGUGGAACCCAAGAGUGUCUCCCUCUCCUGGGAGGAACCAGGGUUCCCAGGGGCUCCAGGAACCAACAACACUGAAUAUGAAAUUCAGUACUUUGAGAAGGGCCAGAGGGAACAGACCUAUGCCACUGUCCGGACAGGAGCUCCUGCUGUCACCGUCAAUAACCUGAAGCCAGCGACGCUCUACGUUUUCCAGAUCCGAGCUGCCUCUCCCUCCCUCUCCCCCGAAGUUGGAAACUUCACUCCCAGCAUAGAAGUAGAGACUCUGGUGGAAGCUGGUUCAAGGGCUAGAAAACAGAACCCUGUGGUGGUUGCUGUCAUAGUCGCUGUAGCUGCCCUGCUCAUCCUUGGCUUCGGGCUCAGCUCUCUAGCCAUUUGGAAGAGGCAGUGCGGGUAUGGAAAAGGCCUUGGAGAUGGCAAUGAUGAAGAGCUUUACUUCCACUUUAAAGUCCCAACGAGGCGGACAUAUAUUGACCUGGAAAACUGCGCUGAUCCCAUGCAGGCUUUGCACCUGUUUGCCAAAGAGCUGGACAGCUCCAGUGUGUCUGUCCACAGCAUCAUGGGCACAGGUCAGUUUGGAGACCUGUGCAGUGGCUGCCUGAGGCUGCCGGGUGGGAGGGAGCUUCUGGUGGCUGUCCAUACUCUCCGGGACGGCGCCUCAGAAAAGCAGAAGCUCCGUUUCCUGGCAGCAGCCUGUGCCCUGGGUCAGUUUGACCACUCCAAUAUUGUCCGGCUGGAAGGAGUUGUCACCCGAGGUCUCACCAUGAUGAUUGUCACUGAGUACAUGGGCAACGGGGCCCUGGAUGACUUCCUCAGGAGGUACGAUGGGCAGCUGACCGUGAGCCAGCUGCUGGGGCUGCUGCCGGGGGUGGCGUCGGGGAUGCGAUACCUGUCUGAGAUGGGCUACGUCCACCGCGGCCUGGCUGCGCGUCACGUCCUGGUCAGCAGCAGCCUGGACUGCAAGAUCUCGGGCUUUGGGCAGGGCCCGCAGGACCAGGCCGAAGCUGUCUACACUACCUUGAGUGGCCGGAGCCCGGUUCUGUGGGCUGCCCCCGAGACCGUCCAGUUGGGCCAGUUUACUUCAUCCAGCGAUGUGUGGAGCUUUGGAAUCCUCAUGUGGGAAGUGAUGGCCUUUGGAGAGCGGCCGUACUGGGACAUGUCCAGCCAGGAUGUGAUCAAGGCCAUUGAGGAUGGUUUCCGGCUCCCAGCUCCUCGGAGCUGCCCCUCUUCCCUGCACCAGCUCAUGCUCCAUUGUUGGAGGAAGGACCCCAGGGAGCGACCCAGGUUCACACAGAUCCAUAAUAUCCUGUGCAAAAUGGCAGAAGCUCCAGAGACUCCUCCAAGCGCCACCCUCACCUGCCCCAGAUAUGUCCCAGACAACCUCACCUGUCCUAGAUAUGUCCCUGACAUCCUCACUCUCACCUGUCCCAGUUCUGUGGAUGAGUGGCUGGAGGCCCUGAACUUGGACCAGUACAAGGAUAGGUUUGCUGCUGCUGGUUAUGACUGCCUGGAAUCUGUGGCCAUGAUGAAUCUCGAUGACUUGUUCAGUCUGGGAAUCUUCCCUCGAGCACAUCGAGAUAUCCUCCUGAGUGGCAUUCGAAUGCUUCGGGCACGAGUAAUUGAACUUCAAGGCCAAGGGGUUCAGGUGUGAGCCGGAUUCCCCCUUUCUCUCAUGGCCCAAGGACACCGGCUGCUUUGCUCUGCCCACUCUCAGCCUGUCCUCUGGCUGGGCUCCAGGUGACCUGGAGAUCACACACAGCCCGGAGAUCGGUGGCCUCCUUGGGCUUCUGAUAGCUUGUCUGACCUCAAGCCACCGGACUCUAAGCCUGUGGCCCUGUGGAUCCCAGGGUACAGAGCCUGCCUGCAGGAGCAGAACAGGUGUGGGGGGAAGAGGGCCAGUGACUCCUACUCAGUCCCAGCCUGCUCUGUUCCCUUAGCAGCUCCCUGCCCCUUAACUCCCAGCGCCCCUUCCCUUAAUCUCACAAAUGUCUUUAUUCCCAAACCUGUGGGACCCUCUGGCCUAUAAGAAAAGAUGAGGGGCUCUGGGAAGUCCAUAUGGUGAGCAUUCUCCAUUCUUUUCUCCCAACCCAUUCACUUUUCUCUUCCACACACAAGGGAUUUGGUCCCUCUUUGGGACUAGACUCAAGGACUGAGGAGGUAGGUAGCUGAAGCUUUGGAAGAGACAUCUGCUUCUCUGGUCCUACCCAGUCCUGGGAGUAUGGGCCAGACAGGGACCUUCCCAUGGUGCCCCUCCCCACCCUAACCCCCUGCUCUCCUAAAACCUAUGCCGGAAACGUGAGAGGAGACCAGGUGGGCACUGGUUAGCAGCCCCCAAAACCUUGGGAUCUAGCUAGCUAACCUGAGGGUUGGUCUUAGGGUCCCCAAUCUCAGGUGCUUAUAGAGACACUUCUCUGUCUGUCUUCUGUUCAUCUCUUCCCCCUGGGAUCUUGUCAGAACUACCAACCAGGGCCAUUUCAUCUACUCCCACCAUCUCCAUCCCCCUGACUCCCAGACCAACUUGAAUCUGUCUUGUUUAAAGAUAUCACUGCCUCCUUGGAAGUUCUUCAACAAGUCCAGUGUCCAUCUUUGUUGCUGCCAGUUCCUUUUCACCCUGGAGUGAGAGAGGACCUACUCUUGGAGUAAUUCACCCCGAAUCUGCCACACUCCUGCUGCCAACCUUGGGGGGGAGGAGGGAGACAAACAGGGUUCUCAUUUUUAAACUUUAUAAACUAGCGAGGGUUUUGCCUUUUCCCCCCUGUACCUGGCCCAGGUAAGAACUUGUUCUCAGCACAUAAAAACCCUAUUUUCCAGACUCCAGGGAGUAUGGGAAGAGAAUCAGAGAAUGUCAGACCUAGAAGAGAGCUGAGGUAACCUAGUCCAACCUUCCCAUUUUAUGGACGGAGAAAGUGAGUCCCAGAGAGGGAAAGCAGCUUGCUCCAAGUUGCUGAGUCAGUAGAAUAACUGGGAUCAGAAACAAGGUUUUUUGACCCUUAGGACUGUCCCCAUUUCUUCUGUGACUUUAACUGUCCUCUGAUAGAGUGAUCCAGAGGAGCAAAGUCUGGGAAGUCCUCUUAGAAUAAGUGGGAGCUGAGCUAGACCUUGAAGGACAGGUAUAGAGAGAGCCAGGAGGGAGGGCACUUGGCUGGGAGCGAUCUUGGCAGCUUGGGAGUUACAGAUGAGCUGCAAUUCAGAGGCUGGCAUGAGUGGAGUAGGCUGGGGAGGGGGAACUUAGGUGGCCUGGGAAGAAUGCCAGGAGGCUGGCAAGAGGGGACAGCUAGUCCUGACUGGUCCAAGUACAGACCAGCAGAUUUGAAAAUCCGUCAUUAGUUUGGAGCCCAGAGCUUGGAAUAAGGGUCUACAUCGAGAGAAAAAGUGUCCCAUACCCACCCACUCCCUGUCAUAUCAUUUCUCCAAGGCUAAAUAUCCCUGACUUUUCUGUGGAUAGGAGCUAUUUACGGGUGCCUAGGAGUGUGAUCUGGGUUCCAGUGAGUUCUACCUUUUGGACUGUAGCUUGUGACAUCUAAGGAUGGGCUGAAAGAACUUGGGAGAAGAUUUGAUGAGGCUGAUAGUCUAUCUUAAUAUAUCUGAAGGACUGUUCCAGAGAAGAGAAAUCGAGUGGGGGUCUUCUCCCACUCCCAGCUUCAUAGGACAGGGUUAGGAGCGGGGCAGAAGCUAACUUCCUGACAAUCAGAGCAGUCCCAAGGUGGAAUGGACUUGGGGAUUGGGGAUGCUGGAAUUGGAUUUGGGGAAAAGUUCUAUAAAGGACAUUCUCGUGCAAGAAAUGGGAGUAGGAAAUGCUCUUUGUCCCCCGAGGCCCCCUCCCCUACUCGGAGACUCUGUGAUGAUACCCCCAGUUAUACAUGGUAUACACCCCCCCAUUCUAUACAGAUCUAUUUUUAUAUGAAAGUUGUUAAUUUCACCACAGUGUAAGCCAAUGGGGCGGAAGGGGUGGGGCGUGAUGGGGUGGGGAAGUUCUUUGUGAUUUGAUUUCUUUGGUUAAUUUUGGAGAUGUUUUGUAUUUAUGGGGUCCUGUCUGCUACAUGCAAUAAUAAAGACAUAUGGACACCUGGACUGUGAAAUAAA